GGAUGUCAGACGAUCCUCCCACUCCUCAACCCACAUACCAAGCUAGCGAGGACUUGAAAAACAUGCAGUGGCCAGAAGAGAAUCUAGCAUUAUCCUCUGAUGAGGGGGGCGGAUUCUAUCCAGCUCGGAUUGGAGAAAUCUUCGACGAGGCACGAUUUGUCAUUACAAAGAAGCUCGGCUGGGGUGGCUUUUCGAGCGUAUGGCUAGCAAGGGAUCGCAAAGAUGACCGUUUUGUUGCCCUCAAAAUUCUGUCAUCGCAUGCAUCAAGGGAAAUAGAAGCAGGACGGCUCAAGGAACGCGAUAUUCUUCGAAAGGUCUCGAGUGCGGCUCCUUCUCACCAUGGGUAUCAACACGUAGUCCAUCUUCUCCAUGAAUUCGAAUUUGAAAGUUUUGCCGGUCGUCAUAUUUGUUUCGUCACAGAUGUUCUCAGCUAUAGCGUUCCAAAUCUGCUAGAAGAGCUGCCAGAUCCGCGACUCCCACUGAAGUUUAUUUUACGUAUUACAAAGCACGUUUUGAAAGGCCUCGAAUAUCUGCACGAUGAGUGCAAGGUAGUUCAUUCCGACUUAAAACCUGGAAACCUUCUUCUCUUGCCGUCUGAUAUAGAUACGGUCGUCAUGCAUGAGCUCGUAGAACGACCGCCCACACUUUACGAGUUCCCGAAGACAGUGCCGCCAGACGAGCUUCCAUUUCAUCCAGUUGUCGCCUGUCCUCUUUUGUUUGACUUGCCUUCGAACCAAGACACUAGAUUACAUUGGGUCAUUGCAGACUUAGGGCACGCCCAUCUGCAAGACGAGCACCUAAGCAAUAUCAUUCAGCCAUAUGCUCUACGUGCCCCAGAAGUCAUUCUUGGCCUUGAAUGGGGUCCUGCUGUCGAUAUUUGGAGCCUUGGAUGCAUGAUGUACGAGUUUGCAACGGGCACAUGGCUUUUUACACCUGAAGCUACUGACGGUCUAUCUCGCGAUGUUGUCCAUCUUGCACAGAUGACUCUGCGCACUGGUCAAGAACAUAAUGAAUCUGUAUUGAAGAAAUACGAAGGGCAAAGGAAGCUAUAUGGUCUCAGAGAUAUGUUGAAGCGUGCAACUGCAAUUACAGAAAGCAUUGGAUUUGGGUGCAUUGAAUCCAGAAUAAACGAAUCGAGCGUCUACAACAACAGUGCCGAAGAGGUUUCUGUAUUCAUCAGGCUAAUACGGACAUUUUUAGUGUUUGACCCUAAAGAGAGACUGAGUGCUAAAGAAGCUUUGCGUGAUCCAGUUUUUGAACAUAUUUAACGGUUGUUCCUGCUUCUCUAACCCCUCUCUCAUCCCAGUUCCCUGUCUCUUCCAAACAGUAUAACAUGUGUAGAACAAGACCACUAACAUUAUAACCUUAAUUCUU